UCAACACAAAAACAACAAAUCUGAAAUUGCAUAUUCAGCUACACAGAAUCAUGAGAAGCAUAAAAUAAAUAAUCUUCGAGUAAAACCAACUCCAUUUCGUCAAAACUCUCAAUGUCGUUUCAAAAAGCAAACACAUACAAGCUGCGUCAGUGAGCGCGAAUGGUAGUAAAGUACCUCCAUGCGGUAGGAAAAAAAAAGGAUUCGCCAGAGACUGAGAGAGAAGGUGACGGGUAUGAUCGUUUCGCGGCGGUGGCGGUUGCGGUGGCGAUUGAAUGAGAAAUUGAUGGCUGAAGAAGAUGAUGAUUAUAUGGGAGACCUCUCCCAAUUCGUGCCACCAGAGGUUUCUCAAUCUUCAAAAAAGGUUCCUAGCAGUAAUAAUGCUAUAAUGUCAAAAUCUUCUUCAAGCAAGAAAUCGAAAUAUCACAACUGGCAGGAGCAGAGGAAGCUCGACCGGAACAGGAAGCAAGUGGAAGAGGAUAAACUGACAUUAGAAAAUGCAGGUUCUGCAAUACCACAGUCUAAUAUCGGUUUCAAGCUGUUGAAACAAAUGGGCUACAGUCCUGGCUCUGCACUGGGCAAGGAAGGUUCUGGGAGGGCCGAGCCGGUUUCUCUGGAGAUCAGAAGGGGCCGGGCUGGAAUUGGCACAGAAGAUCCGGAGGUAGCGAAGAUGAGGAGAGAGAGAGCAAAGUAUGAGAUGGAUAAGAGGAAAGAGAGUGAGUUGAUGGAGGUUUUCGGGAGUCACCAGAAGGAGCGGUGGAAGGGAAGGAGAGUUGUGAUGAACUUCCAAAAGGCUGAUGCUGCUCUGGCACAGCUCGAGAAUAGGGAGGUUAAGGUGGAGAAGAAUGAAGAAGUAGAUACGGAAAAGGAAGGCGAAGAAGAGGAGGAAGAAGAAAUUACAGAAGAGGAUUUGCUAAACGUAUUGUUGAAGCUACGAAACGAGUUCAAAUACUGUCUCUUCUGUGGAUGCCAGUUGAUCAUCUUAAAACAUUUUCAGUACGAGUCCAUGGAGGCCCUCGAAUCAAACUGCCCCGGGAUUAAUGAAGACGACCACUAGAUUUUAAUGUGGACGAUAUAACAGUUCAGAGUUGGUAUAUACACCGAAUUCUUAUAAUCUUACAGCGCAUGUAAUGGACUGGAUAACUUUCAUGAAUUGUUUGUUGGCACAACGGGCUCUCGCCGCUCUCCUGGUCGAACUCAUGCCCGCCGCUCUCCUGGUCGAACUCAUGCCAGUUGAACACGGGAAAGCUAGACAGGAGGAUGCAUCCUAAUAUUUAUUUCUCUAGAAGAUCCAUCGAAUUCGAUCAUCAUGUGAGAUCAGUUCUGAAAUUACUAGAUAUAGUGAUCUCUAUUGUAUCAAAAAGUUGACUAUAUGAUAAAAAAAAUUCAGUUGUUUACCA